AUAUGAGAUUAUGCUCUUUCUUGCUUAUCGUACAGUAUAAUUUGCAACUCUGGCUCUGGGGUGGUAGACCCAUUUAAAAGUGUAAACUGAUUUCAACUUGUAUAUAACCUACUUAAAAACAACAAAUCUAUAUCAUUCGUGAUCAAUUUUACAAAAUGAAAUGUUAAAAGUAUAAUGAUGGAGUCCAAAGAUACUCAAUAUAAAGUUCUGAGAGAUUGUAUGGCAAAUAAUGAAGCAUCAAUCGAAGAUAAUAUUAUUGUGGAACAAUUUAUAGAAGAUGAAGUACUUGAAACAAGCACAAAGCAACUUUUAUUACAAAAUGAUAUACUACUCUACUCUGUUAUUGAAAUGGAAAAUGAAACUAUAAAAAACGAAUCAGAAGCUAUUGUUUCUGAGACUGAGGCUACUGGUGUGCUUGUAGGAGACCAUACUUCUCAUAAAAAUAGCGUUAUUGCACAACAAUUUAUACAAAAUGAAAUAUAUGAUAUCUUAACGCUAGAAAAUAAGAGCAUAAAAAUGGAACCGAAAAAUACUGUAGUUAAUAGAAUUAUAGAUGAUCAAUCAUCAUUUGAAAGUGCUGGUUCUGUAAAGGUGAUAAUAAAGGAUAAAGAAACUGAAGCAACCAUGGAGCAAUUAUUAGAAAAUAAAUCGGUAUUAAAAAAUGAUAAAAGUAUACAUAAACCAAAGAGUCAUAAUGCUUGUGAUAUUUGUGAGGAAAAAUUUUCGUCCUCCAGUUUAUUGACAGCUCAUCGCAGAUCUCAUACUGCAGAGAAACCUUAUACAUGCACUGAAUGUUAUAAAAACUUUACUGCUAAGCAGUCACUAUGUAAUCAUAUGAAACAACAUACUGGUGAAAAGCCGUACUCAUGCACUGAAUGUGAACAACGUUUCGCCCGUCAGUAUACACUCAAUGUUCACAUGAGGCGACAUUUUGGUCAAAAACCCUACAAAUGCAGUGAAUGUGAUAAAAAUUUUGCUGUUAAACAAGAACUCAAUCUCCAUAUGAGGCGACAUACUGGUGAAAAACCGUUCACAUGUACCGAAUGUGAUAAAAAUUUUGCUGUUAAACAUGAACUCGAUGUUCAUAUGAGACGACAUACUGGACAAAAACCCUAUAAAUGCACUGAAUGUAAACGACAUUUCGCUCGUAAAUAUACACUCGAUAUUCAUAUGAAACGGCAUACUGGUAAAAAACAACACGUUUGCAAUAAAUGUGGGAAACAAUUUCUACAACGUGUUGAUCUUCUUAAGCAUAGUAAAACCCAUGAAUGUGAUAAACAUGACGUAGAAUCCAAAACCAGUAAGGACAUUCAACAAUAUACUAGAAUUCAUUCAUCUGAAAGCAAACGGGAACAUAAAGCCCAGGGGCAUAAGUUCAAAUGUAAAGAAUGCAAAUCGAUGUUUGGAACCGAGGCAGAACUUAAGAAUCAUUAUGACAUUGAACAUCAUAUAGAUUCAAAUAAAGAUUUGAAAUCUCACAUAUUGGAAACAUCUAAAGAGCAUGUGGAAAUUUAUCACAAAACUAACAUUACUCAAGAACUAGAAAAUAAUCGUUUCGAAUGGUCACUUUCAAAGAUUUACAGAAUAGAUGAUUUCAACGAUAAUGCAAUUGAAAAUGUUACUGCAACUGAUAACAAUGUUUUGCUGAGAGUAAAAACUGAACAUACAUCGAUGAAGGAUGAACAAGAAUUUAUAAAAAAUGAAGUAACUGAAUUAAACGCAGAUAUAUUAUUACCAAACGAAAUCCACAAUUCGCAAAAAAGUGACACCUUCGAGGAUGAUAUUGGUAAACAACAUUUUAUAAAAGAAGAAGUAUGUGAAACUGUUACAGAAAAUUUAUCAUUUGAAAACGAAUUAUACACAAUUAUAACGGUAGAAAACGAGACUAUUAAAAUGGAACCAGAAACUACCCUUUCUGAGGCAUCAACUAAUGUUAUUAUGAAUGAUCGAACUCUCGAAUGGAGCGGUUCAAAAAUGAGUCAUGAGAACUUUAAAUUAAUUGCUGAAAAUAUUAUUGCCUUAUUCUGCAACGAAUCUGCAAAGCGAAAUCAAAUACUUAAAUCUAAAUUGAAAUAUGUCCGUAUGAAGCGCCGAAGAAUUAUUGCUAAAAUAAUUAAGGUAAUGGUGGCAAAUAAAAAUGCAUACCGGAUAUUCACUGGAAAACAAAGAAGUUUAUGGAUGAAAGAAAGAAACGGCAAGUUUUGGGAACAUGAUGUUCUCAAUAAUAGUCCAAAUUUUUUCAAGGAAAGUUUUCAUAUGAAUCGCCAAUGCUUCAAUAUUUUAUGCAACGAAAUAAGAGGUAUUGAACGAAAUACCACCAGUUUUAGACAAUGCAUAUCACUGGCGAAGCGAGUCGCCAUUGCGCUUUAUGCCUUGUGUACCUCAAGAGAAUAUAGCACUAUCGGAAAGCUGUUUGGAGUUUCGAAGGCAAGCGUUUGUGUAAUUCUAAAAGAGUUUUGCUCGGAAGUGUGGAGAGUUAUGGCUCCACAGUAUCUAAGCGCUGACUUCCUUACAGAGGAAAAACUUGAGAAGUGCGUGAAGGGUUUUAAGAAAAUAGGUUUUCCUCAGUGCUUUGGAGCCAUAGGCGGAUGUCACAUUGAAAUAAAGCCUACAAAAAAAGAUGCUUUGGACUACUUCAAUUACAAGGGGUGGUACUCAAUGGUACUUUUGGCGCUAGUUGAUUGCAGGCACCAAUUUAUGUACAUCAAUGUUGGAGCACCUGGACGUUGCAACGACUCAAGUGUUUUUGAAAAAUCAUCUUUAAAAAAAUUUUUAGAAAGCCCACUACUUAAAAAUAAAUCUGAAUAUAUUAGUGGCAAAAGGGUUCCGGUUGUGUGCGUUGCAGAUUCUGCGUUCAGGUUUUCAACUUCAAUUAUGAAACCUUACCCAGUUUCCACUACAAAUGAACAAUACAAAAAUAAAUUCAAUUACCAACUAUUAAGAGCAAGGCGGGUUGUGGAAAAAGCGUUUGAUCAUUUAAAAGCCAGAUUCAGUCGAGUAGGGAAAGGUUUAGAUAACAACGUCAACAACGCAGCGUUAAUAAUAAAAUGUUGUUGUGUGCUGCAUAACUUCCUUAACGAGCAUAAUGAUUUCAUUAAUACCAAGUGGCAAUAUGUUCAAAAGGAAUAUGAGAGCAAAAACUACAGAUUACAACCACAGCAUAAAGACUUUUACAAUGACAAUAAUCCCCAAGCGGAAGAAUUUAGAAGAGCUAUAGCUGAUUGUUUUGGUUCCUCAGACGAGUUCGUUGGCGAUGAUGGAAGGAUCUCCUCGUACUCAGGCGUGGAAAUCGAUCCACUAGCGACAUCGGUUAGACACGGCGAAUGAAGCUCCUCAUUUCGAUUCAACAUUAAUGUAUGAACUAUAAACAUAACGAAGAAAAUUAAAAAAUUAUUCACUGUAUU